AUGACAAUCUCCUCUGUCUACUUGCUCAGAUAUCGACCACAUUCACCUGCGAUGUCUCGUGUGAUCAAAGUACUGUUGUACGAUGGCUUGGUCUACUUUGUGGCCCUAACGGCCGUCAACAUCCUCAAUCUGAUUCUAUAUCGAGCGUCCAAUAUCUCCAUUCAAACAGCAGCGUGA